AUGGACGUUCUGGCGCGUGCGUGCGCCUGGCUUUGCCAGCCCCAUACAGCCCAGGUGCAACAAGCUCAGCAAGUUCAGCAAGCUGUUUGCUUCGAAGUCUGCCUGGGGGUUUCGCCUGUGCCACCACCACCACCACCAAAGCCGCUAUCCCUGAACACGUCCAUGAUGCUUCAAGCCAAGCUCCCCCCUUUCUUGUCGUUGAAGGAUGUCCUGGCACUUCGGGCCAGCUGCAUCUCCUUCUCAAGGACGAAAGUGUUCCAUCUGCUGCUCAAGUACUGCUCAAAGGUUUCAGUCCGGAAAGCGCUUGAGAGUCAUCAGUCCGCAGAGAAACUGGUGCUGAGUCCCUGGCAACCACCGGUCCCGGGCAUCCCGGGCAUCCCGGGCAGGAGGAUGAAGAGCAAGAAGCCUAAUGGAACAUUUUCAUGCUGUUGCGGGACGUGCUGCCCGUCCAACAGAGACAAGUAUCGAGGCAGUGGAUGCUUGGAUUGCAACCCACGGGACAUUUACCUGGAGCCCCUGUUCGGAGUUCUCUGCCGUCCGGUGAUCUGGGCCGCAGGUGAAGCCGGCCACAGCAUGUCCAAAGCACCACAUGCAGAUGAAGACAGCUAUGAGAGAGGUCGCCAGUGGAACGGCAUACAAUCUUUUUUGUGGGGAAUCGGAAACCUGGAACGCUGCUGCUGGGGCACAGGGCGCUUACAUGAGACCAUCGACAGCGGAUGGCGCCGUCCGCCGGUCGACGAGCACGAGAUUCUUCUGUGA